UGCCAGCCAGCCAGCCAUCCAGGCAGAGCCGUGUCGGGAGCGCGCUGGUCCGCGGGGGCGCGCCUGGAAGGAAGAAGAAGAGAAGGAGGCGCGUUUGCAAAGGAUGAGACACUCGCCUCCCAAAAUCUAGGAUCUGUUUAGCGAAUCAAUGUACGCCUUCUACUCCUUGGUGGUCUACAUCUUCUACACCCUCUUCAAGAAGGAUGGCAGCCCGGAGGAGAAAGAGGAGGAGGAGGAAAAAGAAGGGGGGCAAAGGGGACCCCCAGCAGCACCCCCUAAAUGCAUGGGCGGAGGCAUCACGGACCUGAAAGCCUUUUCCCUGGAUCCGCCACCAAAGAGGGCCAAGAAGCCGGCGCAGAAGGAGGACCUUUGGAAGGAGAUGGCGGAGCUGGACAGCAGCUCAGAAAGUGACCCCCGAAGUAGCACCGAGGAAGAGGAGGAAGACCUAGAUCUGGGAGAAGCCCCCACCCCGCUCUCCGAAUUUCGGUCAUUGAAACAAGCAGCCGCCGCAAAGCUCUCCCUUGCAGAAAUGGGAUCCCCCGGAGAAAAGCCUCCGGACUCCCCCUUGGUCUCAGUGAUGUCCCACCUGCUCUCCUUCCUGGAGCAUUACUCCCAGAUGCAGCGGCUGCAGGAGAAGGCGGGCGAGUACCGCUCCCGGCUGCGCAAGGAGGAGAGCCGGCGGCGCAAGCAGCUCCGGGCCCUGAAGAGGGUCUGCCGGCAGCGCAUGCAGGACAAGCUCAGCCUCAUCGAGAGCCUGGAGCGCAUCAUCGCGGAGCAGCAGGGCCUCCUGGAGAAGGUGCACGCAGGUGUGACGCUGCCCUCGGCUUGCCUGCUCUACCCAAUGGCUCCGCCCGGUGUCCAUCAGCUGGUGGAGUCCAUCCAUGCGCUCCAAGGAGAGAGGAGCCGCCUCACAGAGGAAGUGGCCGGACUCCGGCAGAAGGCAGAAGACCAGGAGAAGGAGACCGAGUGCCUGGCUGGCACCUUCCGCCAACAGAUCCAACGCUUGAAGCAACAGAUUCAAGAGCGAGAGGAGGAACUGGCCCGGCUCCGCAUGGGAACGGGGAUCACCGACUCGGAGAAGCGGAUCCACAACCUGACGGUGGAGAACGAAGGGCUGAAGCAGAGCCUGGGCCUCACGCAGGGCCUCUUGGAGAAGCUGGCCUCUGCCUCGGCUCAGCCUCCGGCCCCCCUCCUCAAGGAGAAUGAGGACCUGCGGGGCAAAGUCCAGCGCCUGGAGGCCACGUUGCAGCAGAAGGUGGAGGAGGCGGUGGGGCUGGAGGCCCAGGUGGACCGUCUCCAGUGGCGCAAAGAGGAGGAAGUCCGCCGCCUGGAAGAGCACCUGCGCGGCCUCCAGCUCUCCCUGGAAGCCCAAAAGAGCCGCCCACCUGAGAUCCAGUACGUGACCCAGACGGUGGAGGUGGACUCCCCGCGCAGCCUGCAGGCCCUGGCCGAAGCCGAGGAGCGUAACCGAGCCUUGACCGAGCAGCUCUCCGGCCAGGCCCAGCGCUGCCAGCGGAUGACCCAGCAGCUCCACUCCUCCGAGGAGGCCGCCCGAGGCCUGCGGAACAAGAUCUCUGCUUACGAGUCCGAAAUCGCAGGGUUGCGCCAAGAGCUGCUCUGCGAGAUCAACCAGUUAGAGGCCAGGAAGGAAGAGGCUGUCCGGGAGGCCUCCCAGUGCUCCCAGCAACAAAUGCAGCACCUGCACCAACAACUGGCAGGCAUACAACAGCGUCUAGACUCCCUCCAGCCGCUCCUCCGGGGCAUGAAAACGGACUACGGCAGCCUGCGUGGGCAAGUGCGCAGCUUUGCCGACUGCUAUGAAGCCGCCCUCAAUGAGGCUCGGAGUCAGAUGAGUUCGGCCAUCAACGAAGUGUCCAACGCCAACCAUUCGCUGCGGGAGCGCUACCAGCGAGAGGUGCAGCUGCGCAAGAAAUACCAGGACCAGCUCUUGGAACUGAAAGGAAACAUCCGCGUUUUGUGCCGCCUGAAGCCGCUGACCAAAGGCGAGGAGGAGCAGGAGGGCGAGGGAGGGGCCAGAGUGGAGGCGGACCCCUCGGACGAGGCCUGCGUGACUGCCCGCUACAAGGGCAAGGAGCACAGCUUCCGGCUGGACAAGGUCUUCUUGCCACAGGCAACACAGGAGGAGGUUUUCCUGGAGAUUGAGCCCCUGGUCAUGUCUUGUCUGAACGGCUACAACGUUUGCAUCUUCGCCUAUGGCCAGACUGGCUCGGGAAAGACCUACACCAUGGAGGGCGUCCCUGAGAACCCUGGUAUCAACCAGCGUGCCUUGCAGGCUCUCUACCAUGAGAUGGAGGCCAAAGGAGAGGCCUGGAAGUUCAGCGUCAGCCUCUGCAUGGUGGAGAUCUACAACGAGGGUAUCAGGGACCUCCUGACCAAGGAUUCUCUGGAGAAACUGGACGUCAAACUGAACCCGGACGGCAGCGGUCAAGUGCAUGUGCCGGGACUGACCAGCCUGGAAGUGAAGAGCCUCCGGGAGAUCAAGAAGAUCCUCCUUCUGGGCAAGCGCAACCGGGCCACCUCUUGCACGCACAUGAACGAGCACAGCUCUCGCUCGCACGCCCUGCUCACCGUCACUAUCGUGGGCACCGAGGUGGCCAGCGGCACCAAGCUCACAGGGAAGCUGAACCUGGUGGACCUGGCCGGUUCGGAGCGGGUCUGGAAGUCCGGGGCGCAAGGCGAACGGCUGAAGGAGGCGCAGAACAUCAACCGGUCUCUGCUGGCCUUGGGAGAGGUCAUCCAGGCCCUUCGCGCCAAGCAGGCCCACGUCCCCUUCCGCAACUCCAAGCUCACCUACCUGCUCCAGGACUCCCUGGGCAAGGGCAGCAAGACCAUCAUGAUGGUGCAGAUCUCUCCCUUGGAGAAGAACGUGGGCGAGUCCGUCUGCUCCCUCAAGUUCGCCCAACGCGUCUGCAAAGUGGAGCUGGGCCCGGCUUCCCGACGGGUGGACUCCUCCUUUUCUGCGCAACACAACGGCUGAGCCCUUCCUCAAAAGAGACUCUGCUUUUGCAUCCCUUUGAAUGGACUUGGAGCAAGAGUAUUUAGCUUAGGUCUUCUUCAUUCUCCUCCUCUCCAAACAGGCUGGUCCUCAAGAUGUCCUCUUUGCAAGAAGAUCGCUUUGCAUUUGCCCUCUUUCUGAUGAAAACCUAUGGAUCAGAAAUGGUCACACUUUGGCCCUCUCUCCAGAUGUUUUGGACUUCAACUCCCAGCAUUCCUAACAGCCUCAGGCCCCUUCCUUUUGCCCCUCAGCCGCUUAAGCGGAAAGGGCCUGAGGCUGUUAGGAAUGGUGGGAGUUGAAGUCCAAAACAUCUGGAGGGCCCAAGUUUGACCAUGCCUCCUAUAGAUAGACCAUAGCCAAACCUCUUCCUCACCUGUCAGGUGAGAUGUAUGACCCACAUGUCCAAAUUCACCUGUCCUUUGAGGUCCCCAUCUAUACACUUGCAAUUGCAAGAGAGUCCUUGCCCAGCAAAACCUUGCAUGUCUUCAUUGGACGUAAUUGAUUCUCUGCCAUCCUGCUUUUCCAGCUACUUUUACAAUGCUUCGUACUUCUCCUGCUGCUUUUCCCUCAUUUCACUUCAGUUUCAGCAAACUUGAAUUCAUGGACAAAGAGUCACUCGAUUUAACUUCUCCAAGUCAACUUCUCCAUUUCCAAGUUUGGUCCCGGUCCAUUGUUGGUGGGGACCAGUGCAUCUCUGGGUGCAUCAUCAUCAUCAUCAUCAUCAUCAUUUAAUUACUUAUUAAUCGCCCUCCAUCCACGAUGCUCUAGGCGAUUUACAAGAUAAAAUUGUAAAGGAUGAAAAUACAUGCAGAUGAACUACAACUUCCAAAACCAAGGCCAAUUCCCAGAAACUCCUCCAGUAGAUUCAGUUGGUCGUGACGGUUCUGUGUGCCAAAUUUGAUCCAUAUCCAUCGUCAGUGGGAUUCACAGUUUUUCUGGUUGUAGGUGAACUACAACUCCCAAAAAUCAAUCUCAAUCUCUCCCAAACUCCUCCAGUAUUCGAAUUUAUGUAUAUCAGAUAUGUGUACCAAGUUUGGUCCAGGUUCAUCGUUGGUGGGGUCCAGAGUGUUCUUUGAUGCAGGUGAACUAUACAUCCCAGUACCUACUACUCCCAAAUGUCAAGGCCAAUUCCAUCCAAAUCCAUCCAGUAUGUUUUGUUGGCCAUGGAAGGUCUGUGGGCCAAAUGUGGUCCAGAUCCAUCAUCAGUGGGAUUCACAGUUUUUCUGGUUGUAGGUGAACUACAACUCCCAAACAUCAAGGUCAAUCUCUUCCCCAAGCAACUCCAGUAUUCAAAUUUGGGCAUGAUAUCGGGUAUGUGUGCCAAGUUUGGUCCAGUCCAUCGUUGGUGGGGUCCAGAGUGUUCUUUGAGGGCAGGUGAACUAUAAAUCCCAGUACCUACAACUCCCAAAUGUCAAGGCCAAUUCUGGCCAGAUCCCUCCAGUAUGCCAAGUUUGGUCCACGUCCAUCACUGGUGGGGUCCAGAAUGUUCUUUGAGUGCAGGUGAACUAUAAAUCCCAGUACCUACAACUCCCAAAUGUCAAGGCCAAUUCUGGCCAGAUCCCUCCAGUAUGCCAAGUUUGGUCCACGUCCAUCACUGGUGGGGUCCAGAAUGUUCUUUGAGUGCAGGUGAACUAUAAAUCCCAGUACCUACAACUCCCAAAUGUCAAGGCCAAUUCUGGCCAGAUCCCUCCAGUAUGCCAAGUUUGGUCCACGUCCAUCACUGGUGGGGUCCAGAAUGUUCUUUGAGUGCAGGUGAACUAUAAAUCCCAGUACCUACAACUCCCAAAUGUCAAGGCCAAUUCCGCCCAAAUCCCUCCAGUAUGCCAAGUUUGGUCCAGGUCCAUCAUUGGUGGGGUCCAGAGUGUUCUUUGAGGACAGGUGAACUAUACAUCCCAGUACCUACAACUCCCAAAUGUCAAGGCCAAUUCCCUCCAGUUCCUUCUAGUAUGCUAAGUUUGGUCCUGGUCUAUCGUUGGUGGGGUCCAGAGUGUUCUUUGAGUGCAGGUGAACUAUAAAUCCCAGUAUCUACAACUCCUAAAUGUCAAAGCCAAUUCCCUCCAGUUCCCUCCAAUAUGCCCAGUUUGGUCCCGGUCCAUCGUUGGUGGGGUCCAGAGUGUUCUUUGAGUGCAGGUGAACUAUAAAUCCCAGUACCUACAACUCCCAAAUAUCAAGGCCAAUUCCCCACAAAUGCCUCUAGUAUGCCAAGUUUGGUCCCGGUCCAUCAUUGGUGGGGUCCAGAAUGUUCUUUGAGUACAGGUGAACUAUAAAUCCCAGUACCUACAACUCCCAAAUAUCAAGGCCAAUUCCUCACAAAUCCCUCCAGUAUGCCAAGUUUGGUCCCGGUCCAUCGUUGGUGGAGUCCAGAGUGUUCUUUGAGUGCAGGUGAACUAUACAUCCCAGUAUCUACAACUCCUAAAUGUCAAAGCCAAUUCCCUCCAGUUCCCUCCAAUAUGCCCAGUUUGGUCCCGGUCCAUCGUUGGUGGAGUCCAGAGUGUUCUUUGAGUGCAGGUGAACUAUACAUCCCAGUAUCUACAACUCCUAAAUGUCAAAGCCAAUUCCCUCCAGUUCCCUCCAAUAUGCCCAGUUUGGUCCCGGUCCAUCGUUGGUGGAGUCCAGAGUGUUCUUUGAGUGCAGGUGAACUAUACAUCCCAGUAUCUACAACUCCUAAAUGUCAAAGCCAAUUCCCUCCAGUUCCCUCCAAUAUGCCCAGUUUGGUCCCGGUCCAUCGUUGGUGGAGUCCAGAGUGUUCUUUGAGUGCAGGUGAACUAUACAUCCCAGUAUCUACAACUCCUAAAUGUCAAAGCCAAUUCCCUCCAGUUCCCUCCAAUAUGCCCAGUUUGGUCCCGGUCCAUCGUUGGUGGAGUCCAGAGUGUUCUUUGAGUGCAGGUGAACUAUACAUCCCAGUAUCUACAACUACUAAAUGUCAAAGCCAAUUCCCUCCAGUUCCCUCCAAUAUGCCCAGUUUGGUCCCGGUCCAUCGUUGGUGGAGUCCAGAGUGUUCUUUGAGUGCAGGUGAACUAUACAUCCCAGUAUCUACAACUCCUAAAUGUCAAAGCCAAUUCCCUCCAGUUCCCUCCAAUAUGCCCAGUUUGGUCCCGGUCCAUCGUUGGUGGAGUCCAGAGUGUUCUUUGAGUACAGGUGAACUAUACAUCCCAGUAUCUACAACUACUAAAUGUCAAAGCCAAUUCCCUCCAGUUCCCUCCAAUAUGCCCAGUUUGGUCCCGGUCCAUCGUUGGCGGAGUCCAGAGUGUUCUUUGAGUACAGGUGAACUAUACAUCCCAGUAUCUACAACUACUAAAUGUCAAAGCCAAUUCCCUCCAGUUCCCUCCAAUAUGCCCAGUUUGGUCCCGGUCCAUCGUUGGUGGGGUCCAGAGUGUUCUUUGAGUGCAGGUGAACUAUACAUCCCAGUAUCUACAACUCCUAAAUGUCAAAGCCAAUUCCCUCCAGUUCCCUCCAAUAUGCCCAGUUUGGUCCCGGUCCAUCGUUGGUGGAGUCCAGAGUGUUCUUUGAGUGCAGGUGAACUAUACAUCCCAGUAUCUACAACUCCUAAAUGUCAAAGCCAAUUCCCUCCAGUUCCCUCCAAUAUGCCCAGUUUGGUCCCGGUCCAUCGUUGGUGGAGUCCAGAGUGUUCUUUGAGUACAGGUGAACUAUACAUCCCAGUAUCUACAACUACUAAAUGUCAAAGCCAAUUCCCUCCAGUUCCCUCCAAUAUGCCCAGUUUGGUCCCGGUCCAUCGUUGGUGGAGUCCAGAGUGUUCUUUGAGUGCAGGUGAACUAUACAUCCCAGUAUCUACAACUCCUAAAUGUCAAAGCCAAUUCCCUCCAGUUCCCUCCAAUAUGCCCAGUUUGGUCCCGGUCCAUCGUUGGUGGAGUCCAGAGUGUUCUUUGAGUACAGGUGAACUAUACAUCCCAGUAUCUACAACUACUAAAUGUCAAAGCCAAUUCCCUCCAGUUCCCUCCAAUAUGCCCAGUUUGGUCCCGGUCCAUCGUUGGUGGAGUCCAGAGUGUUCUUUGAGUGCAGGUGAACUAUACAUCCCAGUAUCUACAACUCCUAAAUGUCAAAGCCAAUUCCCUCCAGUUCCCUCCAAUAUGCCCAGUUUGGUCCCGGUCCAUCGUUGGUGGAGUCCAGAGUGUUCUUUGAGUACAGGUGAACUAUACAUCCCAGUAUCUACAACUCCUAAAUGUCAAAGCCAAUUCCCUCCAGUUCCCUCCAAUAUGCCCAGUUUGGUCCCGGUCCAUCGUUGGUGGAGUCCAGAGUGUUCUUUGAGUGCAGGUGAACUAUACAUCCCAGUAUCUACAACUCCUAAAUGUCAAAGCCAAUUCCCUCCAGUUCCCUCCAAUAUGCCCAGUUUGGUCCCGGUCCAUCGUUGGUGGAGUCCAGAGUGUUCUUUGAGUGCAGGUGAACUAUACAUCCCAGUAUCUACAACUCCUAAAUGUCAAAGCCAAUUCCCUCCAGUUCCCUCCAAUAUGCCCAGUUUGGUCCCGGUCCAUCGUUGGUGGAGUCCAGAGUGUUCUUUGAGUACAGGUGAACUAUACAUCCCAGUAUCUACAACUACUAAAUGUCAAAGCCAAUUCCCUCCAGUUCCCUCCAAUAUGCCCAGUUUGGUCCCGGUCCAUCGUUGGUGGAGUCCAGAGUGUUCUUUGAGUGCAGGUGAACUAUACAUCCCAGUAUCUACAACUCCUAAAUGUCAAAGCCAAUUCCCUCCAGUUCCCUCCAAUAUGCCCAGUUUGGUCCCGGUCCAUCGUUGGUGGAGUCCAGAGUGUUCUUUGAGUGCAGGUGAACUAUACAUCCCAGUAUCUACAACUCCUAAAUGUCAAAGCCAAUUCCCUCCAGUUCCCUCCAAUAUGCCCAGUUUGGUCCCGGUCCAUCGUUGGUGGAGUCCAGAGUGUUCUUUGAGUACAGGUGAACUAUACAUCCCAGUAUCUACAACUACUAAAUGUCAAAGCCAAUUCCCUCCAGUUCCCUCCAAUAUGCCCAGUUUGGUCCCGGUCCAUCGUUGGUGGGGUCCAGAGUGUUCUUUGAGUGCAGGUGAACUAUACAUCCCAGUAUCUACAACUCCUAAAUGUCAAAGCCAAUUCCCUCCAGUUCCCUCCAAUAUGCCCAGUUUGGUCCCGGUCCAUCGUUGGUGGAGUCCAGAGUGUUCUUUGAGUGCAGGUGAACUAUACAUCCCAGUAUCUACAACUCCUAAAUGUCAAAGCCAAUUCCCUCCAGUUCCCUCCAAUAUGCCCAGUUUGGUCCCGGUCCAUCGUUGGUGGAGUCCAGAGUGUUCUUUGAGUACAGGUGAACUAUACAUCCCAGUAUCUACAACUCCUAAAUGUCAAAGCCAAUUCCCUCCAGUUCCCUCCAAUAUGCCCAGUUUGGUCCCGGUCCAUCGUUGGUGGAGUCCAGAGUGUUCUUUGAGUACAGGUGAACUAUACAUCCCAGUAUCUACAACUACUAAAUGUCAAAGCCAAUUCCCUCCAGUUCCCUCCAAUAUGCCCAGUUUGGUCCCGGUCCAUCGUUGGUGGAGUCCAGAGUGUUCUUUGAGUGCAGGUGAACUAUACAUCCCAGUAUCUACAACUCCUAAAUGUCAAAGCCAAUUCCCUCCAGUUCCCUCCAAUAUGCCCAGUUUGGUCCCGGUCCAUCGUUGGUGGAGUCCAGAGUGUUCUUUGAGUACAGGUGAACUAUACAUCCCAGUAUCUACAACUACUAAAUGUCAAAGCCAAUUCCCUCCAGUUCCCUCCAAUAUGCCCAGUUUGGUCCCGGUCCAUCGUUGGUGGGGUCCAGAGUGUUCUUUGAGUGCAGGUGAACUAUACAUCCCAGUAUCUACAACUCCUAAAUGUCAAAGCCAAUUCCCUCCAGUUCCCUCCAAUAUGCCCAGUUUGGUCCCGGUCCAUCGUUGGUGGAGUCCAGAGUGUUCUUUGAGUACAGGUGAACUAUACAUCCCAGUAUCUACAACUACUAAAUGUCAAAGCCAAUUCCCUCCAGUUCCCUCCAAUAUGCCCAGUUUGGUCCCGGUCCAUCGUUGGUGGAGUCCAGAGUGUUCUUUGAGUGCAGGUGAACUAUACAUCCCAGUAUCUACAACUCCUAAAUGUCAAAGCCAAUUCCCUCCAGUUCCCUCCAAUAUGCCCAGUUUGGUCCCGGUCCAUCGUUGGUGGAGUCCAGAGUGUUCUUUGAGUACAGGUGAACUAUACAUCCCAGUAUCUACAACUACUAAAUGUCAAAGCCAAUUCCCUCCAGUUCCCUCCAAUAUGCCCAGUUUGGUCCCGGUCCAUCGUUGGUGGAGUCCAGAGUGUUCUUUGAGUGCAGGUGAACUAUACAUCCCAGUAUCUACAACUCCUAAAUGUCAAAGCCAAUUCCCUCCAGUUCCCUCCAAUAUGCCCAGUUUGGUCCCGGUCCAUCGUUGGUGGAGUCCAGAGUGUUCUUUGAGUGCAGGUGAACUAUACAUCCCAGUAUCUACAACUCCUAAAUGUCAAAGCCAAUUCCCUCCAGUUCCCUCCAAUAUGCCCAGUUUGGUCCCGGUCCAUCGUUGGUGGAGUCCAGAGUGUUCUUUGAGUGCAGGUGAACUAUACAUCCCAGUAUCUACAACUCCUAAAUGUCAAAGCCAAUUCCCUCCAGUUCCCUCCAAUAUGCCCAGUUUGGUCCCGGUCCAUCGUUGGUGGGGUCCAGAGUGUUCUUUGAGUACAGGUGAACUAGAAAUUCCAGAACCUACAACUCCCAAAUGUCAAGGCCAAUUCCCUCCAGUUCCCUCCAGUAUGCCAAGUUUGGUCCCAGUCCAUCAUUGGUGGGGUCCAGAAUGUUCUUUGAGGACAGGUGAACUAUAAAUCCCAGUACCUACAACUCCCAAAUAUCAAGGCCAAUUCCCCACAAAUCCCUCUAGUAUGCCAAGUUUGGUCCCGGUCCAUCAUUGGUGGGGUCCAGAAUGUUCUUUGAGGACAGGUGAACUAUAAAUCCCAGUACCUACAACUCCCAAAUGUCAAGGCCAAUUCCGCCCAAAUCCCUCCAGUAUGCCAAGUUUGGUCCACGUCCAUCACUGGUGGGGUCCAGAAUGUUCUUUGAGUGCAGGUGAACUAUAAAUCCCAGUACCUACAACUCCCAAAUGUCAAGGCCAAUUCCCCACAAAUCCCUCUAGUAUGCCAAGUUUGGUCCACGUCCAUCAUUGGUGGGGUCCAGAGUGUUCUUUGAGGACAGGUGAACUAUAAAUCCCAGUACCUACAACUCCCAAAUGUCAAGGCCAAUUCCGCCCAAAUCCCUCCAGUAUGCCAAGUUUGGUCCAGGUCCAUCAUUGGUGGGGUCCAGAGUGUUCUUUGAGGACAGGUGAACUAUACAUCCCAGUACCUACAACUCCCAAAUGUCAAGGCCAAUUCCCUCCAGUUCCUUCUAGUAUGCUAAGUUUGGUCCUGGUCCAUCGUUGGUGGGGUACAGAGUGUUCUUUGAGUGCAGGUGAACUAUAAAUCCCAGGACCUACAACUCCCAAAUGUCAAGGCCAAUUCCGCCCAAAUCCCUCCAGUAUGCCAAGUUUGGUCCAGGUCCAUCAUUGGUGGGGUCCAGAGUGUUCUUUGAGUGCAGGUGAACUAUACAUCCCAGUACCUACAACUCCCAAAUGUCAAGGCCAAUUCCCUCCAGUUCCUUCUAGUAUGCUAAGUUUGGUCCUGGUCCAUCGUUGGUGGGGUACAGAGUGUUCUUUGAGUGCAGGUGAACUAUAAAUCCCAGGACCUACAACUCCCAAAUGUCAAGGCCAAUUCCGCCCAAAUCCCUCCAGUAUGCCAAGUUUGGUCCCGGUCCAUCGUUGGGAGAUGUCACAGAUUGGAGAUCAUGACAGUGGGGUCCAGAGUGUUCUUUGAUUGUAGGUGAACUAUAAAUCCCAGGACCUACAACUCCCAAAUGUCAAGGCCAAUUCCCUCCAGUUCCUUCUAGUAUGCUAAGUUUGGUCCUGGUCUAUCGUUGGUGGAGUCCAGAGUGUUCUUUGAGUGCAGGUGAACUAGAAAUCCCAGUAUCUACAACUCCUAAAUGUCAAAGCCAAUUCCCUCCAGUUCCCUCCAGUAUGCCCAGUUUGGUCCCGGUCCAUCGUUGGUGGGGUCCAGAGUGUUCUUUGAGUACAGGUGAACUAUAAAUCCCAGUACCUACAACUCCCAAAUAUCAAGGCCAAUUCCCCACAAAUGCCUCUAGUAUGCCAAGUUUGGUCCCGGUCCAUCAUUGGUGGGGUCCAGAGUGUUCUUUGAGUGCAGGUGAACUAGAAAUUCCAGAACCUACAACUCCCAAAUGUCAAGGCCAAUUCCCUCCAGUUCCCUCCAGUAUGCCAAGUUUGGUCCCAGUCCAUCAUUGGUGGGGUCCAGAAUGUUCUUUGAGGACAGGUGAACUAUAAAUCCCAGUACCUACAACUCCCAAAUAUCAAGGCCAAUUCCGCCCAAAUCCCUCCAGUAUGCCAAGUUUGGUCCCGGUCCAUCGUUGGGAGAGGUCACAGAUUGGAGAUCAUGACAGUGGGGUCCAGAGUGUUCUUUGAUUGUAGGUGAACUAUAAAUCCCAGGACCUACAACUCCCAAAUGUCAAGGCCAAUUCCCUCCAGUUCCUUCUAGUAUGCUAAGUUUGGUCCUGGUCCAUCGUUGGUGGGGUCCAGAGUGUUCUUUGAGUGCAGGUGAACUAGAAAUUCCAGAACCUACUACUCCCAAAUGUCAAGGCCAAUUCCAUCCAAAUCCAUCCAGUAUGUUUUGUUGGUCAUGGAAGGUCUGUGUCCCAAAUGUGGUCCUGGUCCAUUGUCGGUGGGGGUCACAGUGCUGUGUCUUGAUGCAGGGUGAACUACAACUUCCAUAUUAUUAUUAUUAUUAUUAUUAUUAUUAUUAUUAUUAUUUUAUCAUAUGACACAGCAAACAAGAUAGAUAUGCUGGAUUUCGUAUCACAAAACCACAAGUCGAACACUUCCCAAGUGUCUAGGACUGUGUGAUAUAUUAUUAUUAUUAUUAUUAUUAUUAUUAUUAUUAUUAUUAUUAUUAUUAUGACACAGCAAACAAGAUAGAUAUGCUGGAUUUCGUAUCACAAAAUCACAAGUCAAACACUUCCCAAGUGUCUAGGACUGUGUGAUGUAUAUUAUUAUUAUUAUUAUUAUUAUUAUUAUUAUUAUUAUUAUUAUUAUUAUUAUUAUGACACAGCAAACAAGAUAGAUAUGCUGAAUUUCGUAUCACAAAACCACAAGUCGAACACUUCCCAAGUGUCUAGGACUGUGUGAUGUAUUUUCGGAUGAUGUGCGCAGAUCCCAGUCGGGUGGCCUUUUGCAGUUGGCAGAUCAUAAUGUUGUCAAUGCCUAUUGUUUCCAAAUACCGGCUGAGAUCUUUUGGCAUGGCACCCAGUGUGCCCAUCACCACCGGGACCGCCUGCACUGGUUUCUGCCAGAGUCUUUGAAGUUCAGUCUUGAGGUCCUGAUAGCGGCUGAGUUUUUCCUGUUGUUUUUCGUCACCUGGGAUGGCGACAUCCAUGAUCCAAACCUUUUUCUUCUCCACAACUGUGAUGUCUGGUGUGUUGUGUUCCAGAACUUUGUCAGUCUGGAUUCAGAAGUCCCACAGUAUCUUUGCGUGUUCAUUUUCCAAUACUUUUGCAGGUUUGUGAUCCCACCAGUUCUUUACUGCUGGGAGGUGGUACUUGAGGCAUAAGUUGUUGUUGUUGUUAUUAUUAUUAUUGUUGUUGUUGUUGUUAUUGUCGGGGGUGCUUUGAAUGCGAUUUCCUGCUUCUUGGCAGAAUGGGGUUGGACUGGAUGGCCCAUGAGGUCUCUUCCAACUCUACUGUUCUAUGACUCUAUGAUUCUAUCAUGUGGAAUCAGUACCUCAAACUCCUCCAGUAUGUUCAGUUUCUGCUCAGUCCUGCUCUGUUUGUUAUGCAGACAGUUGAAAAGAGUAGGAAAGGGUUAAGGGAGAGGUAGUGGGCGGGGUCAUGCAAAUUCCACAGCAGUGGAGAGAGUAAGGAACUCUGGGAUGCCAGUUGUGGAGGAAAACCAUGAAAUAUCGGAUAGGAAAUCCUUGACUUGGGUGGGGGGGUUGUAUGGUGUUUGUGGGGGACACGGGCAGGGUUUGGGCUCCAUGUUCAUGGUGCUCACUAUAACCUGAAGUGUCAUUGGAGGAGGUGCUUUUGGUGGCUCCUCAGCACUGUGGAUUAUAACUCUUUGUGGAGGUGGGAGGCUAUCUGUGUAAGUUGACACUUUUAUUAUGUGUAUAGAUAGAUUACGUGGUCACAGUGUACCAGAGUUGCAUUGGAGGACCUAGAGAUUGGUGGGUAGUGUAUCAUAAAAUCAUCCGGUGGACGUGGCCAAUCCAUAGAAAAACUAUUUUCCUCCAGAUGUGGCUUUGUGAAACUGGAUAUCGUUUCUGCGGUUAUGGGGGUCUUCUUGUAUUUGAAUUAACAAGUGUCCACUAAUGGAAGGAUAACAAUGUAUUAAAUGUCAUUAAACAUUGUAUUGGGUUUUUAUAUUGUUCUGUCCGGGGUUGGCCCCAUGUAAGCCGCCCCGAGUCCCUUCGGGGAGAUGGGGCGGGGUAUAAGAAUAAAAUUAUUAUUAUUAUUAUUAUUAUUAUUAUUAUUAUUAUUAUUAUUGACACAAAGACAAGAGUAUGACACAGCAAACGAGAUCUAUAUGCUGGAUUUCGUAUCACAAAAUCACAAGUCGAACACUUCCCAAGUGUCUAGGACUGUGUGAUGUAUUAUUAUUAUUAUUAUUAUUAUUAUUAUUAUUAUUAUUAUCAACACAACGACGUUGUAUGGCACAGCAAACAAGAUAGAUAUGCUGGAUUUCGUUUCGCAAAACCACAAGUCGAACACUUCCCAAGUGUCUAGGACUGUGUGAUGUAUUUUCUGAUGAUGUGUGCAGAUCCCAGUAGGGUGGCCUUUUGCAGUUGGCAGAUGGUGAUUUUGUCAAUGUCUAUUGUUUCCAAAUGCUGGCUGAGAUCUUUUGGCACAGCACCCAGUGUGCCCAUCACCACCGGGACCGGAAUAAUAAUAAUAAUAAAAAAAUUAUUAUUAUUAUUAUUAUUAUGUACAAUAAAUGAAUAUAAAUUUCAGAUAAAUGGUUACAAAUGACAAUCAAACUGUUGCAUUCACAGGAUGAUGAAUGGUAGUUGCAUUCACAAUGGAGUAAACUUUCUUGUUUACUUUCUUGUUUCUUCAUAAAAGAUGAGUAGAGCCCUGAUCCACAACCGGUUUCGACUACCUAUAGUCUUUGUCUGGUGGUAGGGUCUGCUAGUAUUGGGUAACAUUAAUACAAUUGUACAAAGUGUUUUCUGGCUUAGUAAAAUUGACGGCUAUUAAUGCAUACUACAGUAGAGUCUCACUUAUCCAUCAUAAACGGGCCGGCAGAAUGUUGGAUAUGCAAAAAUGUUGGAUAAUAAGGAGGGAUUAAGGAAAAGCCUAUUAAACAUCAAAUUGGGUUAUGAUUUUACAAAUUAAGCACCAAAACAUCAUGUUUUACAACAAAUUUGGCAGAAAAAGUAGUUCAAUACGCAGUAAUGCUAUGUAGUAAUUACUGUAUUUACGAAUUUAGCACCAAAAUAUCACGAUGUAUUGAAAACAUUGACCACAAAAAUGGAUUGGAUAAUCCAGAGGCUUGGAUAAGCGAGGCUUGGAUUAGUGAGACUCUACUGUAUAGACAUAAUAUCUUUUCAUUAUUUUAUUUUUAUCCAUUCUGUGUUUAAUGUAUCAAGAGAACAACUUGUAAGCCACUGUAUGUUCCCAAGAGGUUCCACGAUAUCUAUGAAAGACUUUACAGUUCAUUGAGAACAUUCUUGAAUUGUUUAAACUAAAUAACAAAAGUAAGUAGUAUGCAUUAAGAGGUAUCAAUUUUACUAAGCCAGAAAACACUUUGUACAAUUGUAUUAAUGUUACUCAAUACUAAUAUUAAUAAUAAUAAUAAUAAUAAUAAUAAUAAUAAUAAUAAUAAUAAUAAUAAAACUUUAUUUAUACCCCGCCACCAUCUCCCCGUGGGCACUCAGGGCGGCUUACAUGGGGCAGAGGCCCAAACAACAUAGGACAAAAUAUAGGCAACAUAAUACAAAUCACACUAUAAAAAGAUAAAACAGUAAUACAAUAUAUCAAUUAAAACAAAAAUACAGGAUAAAAAAAUUGCAUUUAAAACAAUACCAGCAGACCCUACCACCAGACGAAGACUAUAAGUAGUCAAAACCGAUUGUGGAUCAGGGGUCUACUCAUCUUUUAUGAAGAAACAAGAAAAUAAACAAGAAAGUUUACUCCGUUGUGAAUGUAACUACCAUUCAUCAUAUUGUGAAUGCAACAGUUUGAUUGUCAUUUGUAACCAUUUAUCUAAAAUUUAUAUUCAUUUAUUGUACACAAUACAAUGUUUAAAGACAUUUAAUACAUUGUUAUUAUUCCAUUAGUGGACACUUGUUAGUUCAAGCCCUUGGGAACCCAUUUUUUCUUAUGGUCUUCUUGUAUUUGCCAUGAAUUUUAGCUUUUUUUCUCCACCCCUUCCCAACCAAAACAGUGCUUCACUGCAAAGCGUCUGCUUGUGUGUUUCCCUUUGCUGCGCAUGUUCUCCUUCUCGAGUCCAUGCGCAGAGACACCAUUAACGGCUUACUUACUUACGCGAUCCCUCGUAGUUUGAGGAUGAUUGUCUUCCAUCUUGGGGAUGGAUCCGUAGGUGGCUGAAGAGACCUAUUCUUGAUCUGCAUCUUCUCCCUUCCGCAGUAAGGACAUCGGUUUCCAGACGGAAGGCAGUCCCGGUCGGGGUUGGCUUGACGCUCCUUCCUCUUGGCACGUUUCUCCCUUCAGCCCUCCGUUCGUGCCUCUUCGAACUCCGCAGCACUGCUGGUCACAGCUGACCUCCAGUUAGAGCACUCAAGGACCAGGGCUUCCCAGUUCUCAGUCUCUCUGCCACAGUUUUUAAGGUUGGCUUUGGGCCCAUCUUUCAAUCUCUUUUCCUGCCCACCAACAUUCCGUUUCCCAUUCUUGAGUUCGGAGUUUGGGAGACGGUGAUCUUUGGGCAUUCGGACAACGUGGCCUUCAGUCCAGCGGAGUUGAUGGCGUAGGAGCAUCACUUCAAUGCUGGUGGUCUUUGCUUCUUCUUCCACCACGCUGGCAUUUGUCCGCCUGUCUUCCCAAGAGAUUGGCAGGAUUUUCCUGAGGCAACGCUGAUGGAAUCGCUCCAGGAGUUUGGUGUGACGUCUGUAGACAGUCCACGUUUCGCAGGCGUAGAGCAGGGUUGGGAGGGGAAUGGCUUUGUAAACAAGCACCUUGGUCUCUCUACGGAUGUCCCGGUCAUCAAACACUCUCUGCUUCAUUCGAAAAAAUGCUGCGCUCGCAGAGCUCAGGCAGUGUUGUAUUUCAGUGUCAUCUGUAGACCGUCCACGUUUUGCAGGCGUAGAGCAGGGUUGGGAGGGGAAUGGCUUUGUAAACAAGCACCUUGGUCUCUCUACGGAUGUCCCGGUUAUCAAAAACUCUCUGCUUCAUUCGAAAAAAUGCUGCGCUCGCAGAGCUCAGGCGGUGUUGUAUUUCAGUGUCAUCUGUAGACCGUCCACGUUUCGCAGGCGUAGAGCAGGGUUGGGAGGGGAAUGGCUUUGUAAACAAGCACCUUGGUCUCUCUACGGAUGUCCCGGUCAUCAAAAACUCUCUGCUUCAUUCGAAAAAAUGCUGCGCUCGCAGAGCUCAGGCGGUGUUGUAUUUCAGUGUCAUCUGUAGACCGUCCACGUUUCGCAGGCGUAGAGCAGGGUUGGGAGGGGAAUGGCUUUGUAAACAAGCACCUUGGUCUCUCUACGGAUGUCCCUCUCAUCAAACACUCUCUGCUUCAUUCGAAAAAAUGCUGCGCUCGCAGAGCUCAGGCGGUGUUGUAUUUCAGUGUCAUCUGUAGACCAUCCACGUUUCGCAGGCGUAGAGCAGGGUUGGGAGGGGAAUGGCUUUGUAUACGAGCAUCUUGGUAUCUCUACGGAUGUCCCGGUCAUCAAACACUCUCUGCUUCAUUCGAAAAAAUGCUGCGCUCGCAGAGCUCAGUUGGUGUUGUAUUUCAGUGUCAAUGUUGACUUUUGUGAGAGGUGGCUGCCAAGGGAGCGGAAAUGGUCAACAUUUUCUAAUGUGACAACAUUAAGUUGUAUUUCCUCCAUUGCAGAGGGAUUGGCUGGUUCCUGUUGGAAGAGCACUUUGGUUUUCUCGAUGUUCAGUGAGAGGCCGAGCUUCUCGUCUGCUUCUGCGAAGGUGUUGAGAGUGGCUUGUAGGUCUUCUUCUGAGUGCGUGCAGACAUUAACGGCACCGAUGGAGGGAUAGAGGCAAGUAGGAUCUCUCUCCAAAGAUCCCCAAUGAAUCCUUGGCAUCUUUGGCCUGCCCCUUUGUGCCCCCUCCCCAAAUGGCAUUCACUCUCACCAUUCACCCCACUUCUCGGUUCCUGCCCACCUUGGGACCCCUUCCCCAGGAAAUGCUCCUCCUCCUCGCCUCCUUCUGGGGUCCUGGCUAUGCAAUCGGGGCUCUUGCUUCUCAGAUAUGGGGCAGCUCCACCUCAACCUAAUGCAAGACCCCCAUUGCCCCCGUUUCCCUGGCCUUCAAGCUUCAGCGGGGCAACAAAUAAAGGGACUGCUGCUGUGCUUCUGGACUUGGUUUUUUCCGUACAUCCCUUCCUCCUGAUGCUCUCUGUCUAGGUCAAUAAACCAGAAUCCGUCUCCUC